AUGGGGGAAGAGCUAACACAUGAGUUUCUACAAAUAUUGGAGAAAAUGCCUAGUAGGCUGAAGAAGAUUCGAAAAUGGAGGGCUAGUCAGGCAGCAACUAAGAAACCAAAAGUAGAUGGGCAGGUAUCAGAGACACCACUUCUUGGUUCAUCUUUGGUCCAGAAUUCCAUUUUACUAGAUAGUGUCACUGGUGUGCCUACAAACCCACGUUUUCAAAAACCAUCUACAUCAGCAUUCCCUGCGCCAGUACCUCUAAAUUCAGGAAAUAUCGUUCAAGACAGCCAUACAUCUGAUAAUUUGUCAGUGCUAGCAACAGGAAUGCCAAGUACUUCAUACAGUUUGUCAUCACACCAGGAAUGGCCUCAACAUCAAGACUCAGCAAGGACAGAACAGAUGUAUUCACAGAAACAGGAGACAUCUUUAUCUGGUAGCCAGUACAACAUCAACUUUCAGCAGGGACCUUCUGUAUCACUGCAUUCAGGAUUACAUCACAGACCUGACAAAAUUUCAGAUCAUUCUUCUAAGCAAGAAUAUACUCAUAAAGCAGGGAGCAGUAAACACCAUGGGCCAAUUUCUGCUACUCUGGGAAUAAUUCCUCAGAAAAUGUCUUUAGAUAAAUAUAGAGAAAAGCGUAAACUAGAAACUCUUGAUCUUAAUGUAAGGGAUCAUUAUAUAGCUGCCCAGGUAGAACAGCAGCACAAACAAGGGCAGUCACAGGCAGCCAGCAGCAGUUCUGUAACUUCUCCCAUUAAAAAGAAAAUAUCCAUCGCAAAUACUGAAAAAUACAUGGCAGAUAAAAAGGAAAAGAGUGGGUCACUGAAAUUACGGAUUCCAAUACCACCCACUGAUAAAAGCGCCAGUAAAGAAGCAGAAAAAAUAAAAGUUUCCUCUUCAGAAAGACACAGCUCUUCUGAUGAAGGCAGUGGGAAGAGCAAGCAUUCAAGCCCACAUAUUAGCAGAGACUAUAAGGAGAAGCACAAGGAGCAUCCCUUAAACCGCCACCACACCAGCAGUCACAAGCAUUCCCACUCACAUAGUGGCAGCAGCAGCGGUGGCAGUAAACACAGUGCCGAUGGAAUACCACCCACUGUUCUGAGGAGUCCUGUUGGCCUGAGCAGUGAUGGCAUUUCCUCUAGCUCCAGCUCUUCCAGGAAGAGGCUGCAUGUCAAUGAUGCGUCUCACAACCACCACUCCAAAAUGAGCAAAAGUUCCAAAAGUUCAGGUAGUUCAUCUAGUUCUUCCUCCUCUGUUAAGCAGUAUAUAUCCUCUCACAACUCUGUUUUUAACCAUCCCUUACCCCCUCCUCCCCCUGUCACAUACCAGGUGGGCUACGGACAUCUCAGCACCCUCGUGAAACUGGACAAGAAGCCAGUGGAGACCAACGGUCCUGAUGCCAAUCACGAGUACAGUACAAGCAGCCAGCAUAUGGACUACAAAGACACAUUCGACAUGCUGGACUCGCUGUUAAGUGCCCAAGGAAUGAACAUGUAAUAAUUUGUUUAGGUCAAUUUUUCUUUACUUUUUUAGUUUAAAAAUUGUUAGAAUGGAAAAAUUCCUCCUGAUCUAGCAGUGGCAACACCUGCCGUUGCUGCCACUGCUUCAAUAUUUGUAAGUGCUGCUUUAUUCUUCAUUCUGAAAAGAAGAGAUUAUAGUAAACAAGUCUUUAUCUCCACAUAUGAUAGUGUUAUAAAUACUGUAAAAGCAUGGAAGGUGCAAAACUCAGUAUUUCUACAAUUGCAGCUAAGAACAUUAGGAUGAAUGGCUGGCUGCUUCUAGGAAUAUAAGAUGCCUCAAGCAUUCGUUAUUUAUGAUUUGAAUAUUGUAGCUAUUUUUCGUUGUUGCUUGGCUUUUGAAUGAGUGUAAAUUGUUUUCUUUUGUGUAUUUAUACUUGUAUGUAUGAUUUGCAUGUUUCAAUGAUAAAGGGAUAAAACAGUAUG